GUUGUCAUUUGGAACGACGGGGUCUUUUUGUUUUUUAAUUUUAUAUAACUGUAAUAAAGAAAAGUGUAAAUAGUUAACAAGAAUUAAAGCAAUUCUGUAAAUAUUGUUUUAUUAAUUGAAUUAAGCAAAAAAAAAAAAGAAAUCUAUUUUUAUAAUCACUAAGCAACUCAUGGCCUCAACGAACUUAAAUUUUAACAAUACCUGUCCGUCAGUAGCAAAAGCCAACAACACGCAACAUCAUUUUCAAUUAGCUGCUAAUCAAAAAUUGCAACAAAAACAACAACAUGUUUAUAAUUUAUCUAAAGUAACUACAAUAUUUUUUGAUUUGGAUAAUACCUUAACUCCUACAAGAUCGGGGGAUUCCAAAGCAUGUCGUAAGGUUUCUGAACGACUUGAAAUCCAAUAUGGUUUUACAAAAGAAGAAGCUAAUUAUGCUACACAGAACUUUUUGAAAUCAUUCAGACGUUGUCCCGAUAAUGCGCAAACUCCUUUAGAUACUUGGCGUACACACUUAUGGCGCGAAUCUUUACCUCCUAAGUACAAACAAUUUGCCGAAUCCAUUUAUCCAUUAUGGUUGGAAAUGCGUUAUUGCUAUUUAGCCAUACCGGACGAUUACAUUAAGAUGUUGAUGCGUUUUCGUCAAGCUAACUAUCGUUUGGCCUUAAUUACAAACGGUCCCUCCAAUGCUCAAUGGGAAAAAAUACGAAAACUACAUGUCCAGCCGUAUUUCGAUUGUGUGCUAGUGUCAGCGGAUUUACCAUGGGAGAAGCCAGAUCCAAAUAUAUUCUAUGCAGCUUGUAAAUAUUUAAAUGUUCAACCGGACGAAUGCAUUAUGAUUGGUGAUAAACUAGAAAGUGAUAUAAAAGGUGGCAAUUUAGCUGGUCUAGCUGCUACAUUUUGGUUACCACUUACACCUGAUGCCAUAAAAGAUUUAAACAAUGAUGGUGAUGUUGAUCAUAAACCAACGCAUAUACUCAGGAAUCUUUUAGAUUUAUAUAAAUAUUUUAAUUUUAACAUAAAGCAACAAAUAAAUGAAGAACAACAAGUACCUGUGUAUAAUAGCCAAAGCAACCACAAAUAUCGUUGUACAGGAGACACCUUGCCAACAACAAUUGAUUAUUUAAUAAGUAGUGAAACUGAUAAUAGUUCAGAAAAUAGUUCUGAUAGUAUAAAUUAAACUGGUACCUAACUAAAUACAUAUAUUACAUACAUACAUAUGUAUGUAUGUCUUCUUGACUCUGUAAUAAAUUGAAAAUUAAUGUACAACACUUUGGUACCAAGCACUAAAACAAAUCUACAUUAACGUGUUUUAUUUUAAGGCAUUUUUUUUAAGUUUUUUUAUAUUUAUACAAAAACAUAACCUUAUAGAUGUUUUUGAAAAUAAUAUGUAAAAUAAUUUUUAUUUUAUAAACUGCUUUUGUUUAUCUAUGUAUGUACUAUUUUUAAUUACUAUUUCCUAGGGAUAGUAUAAUUUUGGAGUAAUUUUUUGAAUUUAUGAACACAUAUACACGUAAUUUAAAAUAAUAGUAAUGCUACGUUAUUUUUAACUUGAGAAUUUCAUUUUAUUACGCAUAUUAUUUUCAAAAUCUUUCAAACAAAGAAGACUGCUUUAAUAAUUCUUAAAAUUCUUAUGUUAACAUUGCUUAUUACAGUAUUUGUUUUACUUUUUAAUAUAUAUAUAGUUAAUAAUAGUACUAAACUCUAUUAAAUGGCUAAACUUUAAAAUCUAUCUUUAUUACACAAAGCAAAUAAAAAAACUGGCUACAAUUUAAA